AUGGCAAAGAAGAAGAGCAAACAAACUACGGUUGAAGAUGUCGGCGACGGCGUGUCUAGUGAGAGCGCAUCGCAGUCCUCUUCCAAUGGCUCAUCCAAGAACUCAGUCUCCAGGCGAUCGGCGAACGCAGCGGCUGAUACUGCUCCUGCGCUCAUAAUAUGUCGCAACAAGCAUUGGCGCUUCAUCUCUUCGUUCCACGGCCCGUGGCUCCAGAUGCCCAUUGAGAUCCUCGAAACCAUUGCGAACAUCAACUACAACACCCCGGCACCCCGUCCGAUCGACCCCGCCGUCUUCUUCGACCUCCUCAAGAUUCGCCGAUUAGUAGACGAGGCGACUAACCUGGCUGUCCGCGCUGCUAGCGACAUCGCGACACCAACAUUGACGAACGUACAUGGCGGGCUUAAUGGACACAUGUCGUCGUUAGGCUUUGGCGUCGGGAAUGGUCACGGGACAAAACUGAGCAAAGAGCGGAAAUUUCGGAUGAGAGAGCAGGCGAGCCAGAAGCUAGCCCGCGCAUAUCGUUUGGAUGAAAUUGCUUGCAGUGUCGCUACUAUGCAAGGUGCUUCAACUCUUGAGGAGAUUGGUUCCCUGGUGUUACAGCGCAGCAGAGACGAUCCCGAUGCGAGAUACGUUCACUUCUUCCACGAGAAGAUACCCUCGCGACAGCUGGCCGAGUGUACCAGCCUAGCGCCCUUGGAUAACAUCAUAUCGGUGCACCCGACCGAAGCUGAGGUGCUGCGGACCAGAGCGACUGUCAGGAUAUUUAAGGACGACUACCUAGGGGCCGCUUCGGACUUGAGUCUCGCGCUGCAAGUGCACCGCUAUCAUCAGCCAUCACAUGCGGCACCAGCUUCCCAGGAAGUUGAGUUAACAACGGCGUCCAGAAGAAUCCCAGACGUCAUCCUUACCGAGGAACAGCAGCCUAGCAGCUUGGAAACACAGUUGUUAUUUCAAAGAGCAGGAGCGUACUUGACUAUUGCUUGCCAACACGUAGCCGCUGGUCUUCCGGAUACUCCUGCGAACGGAGACACUGGUCGGGCUAAUGGCGCGAACGGAGCUACCGCCUCAGACAAGGUUGAUGGGCAGAGCCCGGAAUUCAUGACGGCGGACAAGGAGGCAGCGCACAUACGGCUGGAGAAACGGAAAGUCGUGAAGACGUACGCCAAAAAGGCCCUCCGAGACUACAUGGCCUAUCUGUCAAACUUCCACUACACGCCGCACCAACCGCUCAAAAUCGCCCGAGACUUUACUGAAAAAGUGAAUCUUGCGGCGCAAGGCUAUCGUAAUCCUCGUGUUCCGGACUCGGGAAGCAUACCUCCCUAUAAGGCGUUCGCCUUGUCUGAACUCUUUGCCGCUGUUCCACCUGCAGACAUUCCACCAUACCCUUCCCAGGACUUGGUCCGCUCGUCAGGACCUGUACAGCCGAACAACUACGAGACUAUCACCUACCAUCCCCUACUCACGGAGGCCCUUCAUUCUUUACUACUCUGCCACUGCUUGGUACAGACUUCUACAAAAGAGCUUCUACGCCACGCACACAUGGUUGCCCGUCUCGCUCGGCUCGCGGACGGUUACCCGCUGUUCCAAGCGAGUAGGUCUCCAGCGAGGGCAGACUGGAUCGAGGUGCUGCGCCGGGCGGAAAACUGGAUCCAAAUGAGUGCUUCCUGGGAACAUUUGUGUGCCCCAGCACCGCUCCCGAUUCUUGAUGGAUCGCUUGGCGCGCAGCAGGACACAUCCCAUUCGUCUCAUAACGCCGCCGCCCUUGCAGCCGCUGCCAUUACAAGGGAUGCCAGCACGUUGCCGGACAUUGGCGAGACGGAGGAACAGCGAAAGGAGAGAGUUCGGCAGCAGGCUAUCAUGGACGCGCUCGAUGAUGAUAGAGUUGUCGACGAGGUUACACUUCGUGCGGCCAUCACUGCUCGUCAGAAACGCUCUGAGGAGGAUCACGAGUACUUUAUGAGUUUGAAGAAUAGCUCGAACUGGAAGUCUGAGACUGCGGAAACUUCCCCUGCGCUGCGCCGAUGGAGCGUUGACGAUGGAAGGGAGUACCCUAUACUCACUGAGCGCGCAGCCGCCAUCGCCAAGUGGAUUCUCGAGGCGCCGCCCGUAAGCCUCGGGACUGCGAAGCGCAAGAAGAAGACCACCUCAAAGAAGGGCAAGGAGGUUGCCAACGAAGAAGCUGGUGUCAAUGGCUUGGCCAACCUAGCGAUCAACGAGUCCAGUCGGACGGUUGAUACUGCCGCUUGA